GAAGUUGCGCUUUACGUAGACGUGACGUAAUACGCAAAUAAGUUGAUCAAGCUUCUGCUGCUUACUCGUAAGGUUGUUGUCUUCACUCCGCUAUUAUUAUCUGUCGCCUCAAUAUUAAUGACAAUGCUAAAACUACAUACUAACGCUUGGAGAUAAAAAUGAAAUAGAGAUUUUAUUUGACACAAAAGGAUAUGCCAGCUGACUUUGUAACGUAACUACAAAGUAAGCUCCGUGUGGACAACAAACCGAGUCGUGAGCUAACAGGAGUUAGCACCACAAACCUGCACAUCGUGUGCUGUUCAUUCUCACUUUCUCUUCCUUUUCGUCUUCGUCAGUAGUCGGCCUGUUCAUUCUGUCAUUAAGCGCAGUCCGAGGGUUCGCCAGGAGAGGAUGAACUGGCUUUUCCCCCUGUCCAAAGGCUCCGGACCUCUACCUCCUCUGAACAGCCUCCAGCAGCAAAGACAGCGGCAGAUCGAGUCACUGAAAGCCGCUCAUCCCAGCCUCGCAGAGAUCCAGAAAGAUGUGGAGUACAGAAUACCAUUCACAGUCAACAGUUCCACCAUUAGUGUUAACAUUCUACUGCCUCCUCAGUUCCCCCAGGAGAAGCCAGUGGUUAGUGUCUACCCCCCUGUUGGUCAUCAUUUAGUCGACAGCAAUAAUGGCACCAUCAUCACCAGCCCCCUCAUCACUAAUUUUGGGAUGCACUCAGAUCUGGGUAAAGUCAUUCAGAGUCUGCUGGACGAGUUCUGGAAAAGUCCUCCUGCCUUGAUGUCCUCAGGCCCUGCUGGCUUUCCAUACAGUAUGUACAAGCAGUCUGGUAUGGCUCCUUACCCCACUCAGGCUUACCACUAUGGUCCUCGCCACGUGGGCCCCAGUCACACGCCGCCUCCUGGUACAGGACCAGCUCCAGCUCUCAUGCCUCACCCAGGGGUCGAUAGUGCCCACGGGCCCCCUCGAGCUCCAGCCCCAUACGGACUGAUCUCUGACCUGCCACUGCCUGUUCCGACUGGAGACUCACAGGCUGGACUGAACGGACACAUGUACAAGAUGCCUGAGAUUCCUGAGUCUUUUCCUGAACUCUGUGACUUGAAUCUGACCCAGCUGUCGGACAUGUCUGAAAAUGAGGAUGUGUUACUGGAAUUCUUUGUGAGUUUGCCACAACUGAAACAAGUCACCAGUGAUAAAGAAGAGCUGGUCACCAGUAUAGUGGACAUGGCUAAGAAAAAUCUUCAGAUGGAGCCGAAUCUGGAAGGAAAAAGACAAGAAAUGCUCUACAAGUAUGAACAGCUGACUCAGAUGAAAUCGGCCUUUGAGACUAGGAUGCAGAGACAGCAUGAACUCAGUGAGAGUUGCAGUCUUAGUACUCUACAGGCUCGGUUAAAAGUUGCAGCCCACCAGGCUGAAGAGGAGUCAGAGGAGACGGCUGAAAACUUCCUGGAGGGACGCACAGACAUAGACGAAUUCCUGAACAGCUUCAUGGAGAAGAGAACGCUUUGCCACAGCAGAAGGGCCAAAGAGGAAAAGUUGCAACAGUCCAUCAACACACAUGGACAGUUUCCUACCAGCCACUAGAACACAAGGUUUGGUGUUUUCUCAGCCAACUGCUGCCAACUAAAAGGAUAAAGACAUUCGAGUGGACGAAAAGCACACAGAGUCAACAAUGGGCACUUUGGGAGAAAUAGGAAGACGGUGAUAACAAUGGUGGGCUGAAAAAAAAGAAGCCCACUGUGCCCAGAUCUGGGCUAAAAAUACUGUUGAAGUUGGAUUGUAUGAGUGCAAGAUGGAGAAGCUAUUGAGUCACCAAAGAGACCAGAACUUGAGUGACACAUGCCUAGCUUUUCCAAUCACAUUACUAAGGAUUGAUCACAUGGUGGCUAAUUUCUAUUGCACAUGCUGUUUGUUCAGUUUUGACUUGACAGUGAUGACAAAGAGUUUUGUUUCUUUCCUCAAUUUAUGUCACGUUGCUCAGUAAGAGCAUCACCUACACCUGAUCAGAGUGGUUGGUGAUGUGAACACAUUUGGAAGAAAGUACAAAUUAUUUAGGACAGGAUUCCCAAUCUUACUUUUUUUUCAUGCGGUGAGCAAGUAAAUGUCACUAUAAAAAAUGCUAAAGUGGGUGUCUGUACUUCCCAUCUCUGAGUUCAUUGUCAAGUUCUUGCUUUAUUAUCCCAGAAAUGUCUGAGUGGAAAGACAGAUGAACGACCUUCGCACUGCAAAUCUACAGUUUACAUUAGAUUGUUUGUUUUACACAUUUACAUGAAACUCUGCAGUGUCAUUUCUACAUCCAGAUAAUCUGUCCAAGGCAUUCCUGAUUUGUAAUUUAACAAAACAAAUUUGGUAUUCUCCAACAAAAAAUAAGCAAGGAUGGGGCAGUUCUGUCAGGAGAGCUUAAAAGUGAAGCACUUACAUUUUGGACAAUGGUUCAUUCUUAAUCAAGUUGUUUUGUUUUACCCUUGAUGGGGCAGUGUGUGGGAUUUAAGGGGAUCUAUUGGCAAAUAUUGAAAAUAAUAUUCCUGAUUAUGUUUUCAUUAGUUUAUAACCACCUGAAACAAAGAAUUGCCUUGGUUUUUAUAGCUUCAAAUGAGCCCUUCAUAUGUACACAGAGCCAUGCAACGCCAUGUUUCUACAGUAGCCCAGGACAGACAAUCCAAACACAGACCUUCUAGAGAGGGCAUAUCAUACAUUGUGUACAGUAUCACAAUUUAUCACAAAAUAUUAAAUUGUAACCCCUUUAUCGUGAUAACGUAUCCUAUCGCCAGAUUUUCGCCAGUACUCAGCCCUAAUGAAGGGAGGAGUGAGCGUAGGGGUAUUCAGUUUGUUGCAAUCUGCGGACUCACCACUAGAUGUCACUAAAUCCUACACAAGGCUCCUUAAAGUAAUGUCUUGAACACAGCCUGGUAUCAGUCUGUUUGCACAAAUAUUAAUAACUCGAUCAGACUUCUCAAGGCAAUACCCUGAUUUGCAUAACGUUGCUGACAUCAUAACUACGAUAUCUACUGUGUCUCAAAAUCAGAGUCGGCAUAACACAUACCUAACACAUACCUUUUUUUUUUUAUUGCAUUGUCAACACAAACUGACCAUUUAACAAACAUGUUAAGUAAAAUUGCGCCACAGUACCACAUCAUAUAAACGGUUUAAUGACAUAACAUUCAUUUUGUGCUUCUUCUUUUUUUUUCUUUUCUUUUUUAUUACAUGAAUCGAGUUAUUUGUCUUUAUGUAAACAUACUGAUAAUGAUGAGCACCAUUUUGAUAACCCGACUAUUCUCUGACACCUUUUGAAUUUGAAAUUUUUGGUGAAGAAGAGCCUCAGAAGAUUUUGGAUAAUGUUGUGGAAUAUUAGGUUAAAUGCUGCAGUAAAACUUGAUGACAUUGGAUACUGUAUUUAAAUAAUGUUAAUAAUAGGCUAUAUUGUAAUCAAAGACUCAGACACCUUGUAUUAUAUGUUCUUAUUUAAUUUGUUAGAGUAAUAAAGCAUUUAGAAUAAA